AUGGCCGCAUUCAUUCCCACACAACUUUACGGCGGCGCCUUGACCGCAGAGCUCCCCGCAGGGUUCGGUGACGUUAGCGACAUUCGUCAGGUCCCUGACAACCAGGAAGUUUACCUCGAUGCCAACGGCUUCGCGAGCAUCAUCUUCGACAUCACUGAGUGCCUCGACCAGUCUCAGGCGGGAAAUGAUGAAGAAGCGUUGAAAUUCCAUUUCCACGACAUCGCUGGCGACACGACUGAUGCGACGAACUUCUGGCAGUCCGGUACUGCGACUUUUACAAAAAUGCCGACCUUCCCGGCGUACACACUCAUCGCCACUCAACACCCAACCACCGCAUCCCGUAGGCCGCAGCCGGAUUUCACAGCUAUCUUGCUGAUCCUGUUGCGCCUGGAACAGAAGAAAACCGACAUUGUUAUUACUAUUAACGUACCUCACGUUCCUGGAGAGUAUCCAAAGGAUGAGGUCGACUUCGCUGCGGCGAAGCAAGGUCCACUCAUGGAUCAUGCUGCUGCAAUGAGACAGCAGAUUCUUGAGACUUUUGAAGUCAAGGACUGGAACCUGUUUGUUGAUGAGUAG